AUGAAAGCGGCAGCCUUGCACGCAUUGCUUCUUCAGAUUGUUGCUGCCCGGAAGUGGUGCUUGCAAAAUGCGGGACAAUGUUAUGGCAAUCAGCAUGCCUUCACCAAGGUUGAGCAUUUCCCUUGGGUCCAGUCUUGGGGCGUUGCUCAUGCACGUUUGGCGGAUAUGGACAGCGAUGGAGAUUUGGAUGCCCUUGUAUUGAAGGAAGGCAAGUUUUGGUUCUAUGAACGCAACAGCUCAGGGGAUCUCAUAGAAGGAACCCAGCUCAGGGUUCAAUUCGCGCCUGACACUUCAAUGCGCAUCCACCAUGACCAUGAUGAGCCAGCAAUGGCGUUUGAAUUAACGGAUUGGGAUCGAGAUGGAGACCUUGAUGUGAUCCUCUCAGAUGACGGCAGGCUCCGCUAUUUCGAACACCUCCGCCCUGCCAAUGCCUCGUUCUUCCUCAUCGAACAGCAAGUCUCCGAGUUGGUCGUUUUGGAUUCUUACAUCGAAAUUGUGCGCGAAACACGGCCAUUUCCACUCUCUCACUCUCACACUCUCGAAAUUGUCGAUUGGAACCAAGACGGGCACCUAGAUGUGAUCGUUGAUAUGACCCGGUAUUUUCAAAGUCACCAUGGCAAGCUUCAAGAGAUGCCAGCUGAACGCAAUCCAUUUCGCGACCUUCGUCAAACCGUGUGUGGGGAUGACGAGUUAAUGGCCAUUCGAUUGGCUGACUGGGAUAACGAUGGGGAUCUCGAUGUUAUUGCUCAUUGUGCUGGGUACUGUGUGCAAUGGGGUUAUUGCCAGUUGUCAGUAAGCUAUGCAGAGCAGCUCGCAGAUGGAACCUUUCUCAUGGCUUUGUCUGGCUGGGCGAGCACCGUUGAUCUAGUUUCCAACUCUAAUUUAUUUCUUUGCUGGGAUUGCCUGCAGGUGAUCGACUGGAAUGGAGAUGGGCUUUUGGAUUUGUUUACCGACAGCCGGGUCUUCUUGAGGAGCCGUGCCUCAGAGUGGGUCCCAAGAAAAGGCAGUGAGAAUCCUUUCGCCGGCUUAUUGUUCGCAAAUGCGCGACCUUAUCUGGUAGAUUGGGACUUGGAUGGCCAUCUUGAUAUGCUGGUGCGGGAGUCAGAUCAUUUGCGACUUAUCCUUCAAAAGCAAGGAGUUCUCGUCGAAGAAACUUUGAACUUUGACAUUGUCCCUUUGUCCUCGAAGAGCGUGAGGACUGGCAUCGAUGUGGUGGAUUGGGAUGGUGAUGGAGAUGCUGAUCUUGUCGUGGCCACUUUUGAGGGUGUUCUCAGGGUGUUUGACAACCAGCAGGGAGAGCUUGUGGAAUUAAACGCUUCAGAACAAGAUUUUUUGGCUACGGAUGUGCUGGCGUCUUUUGUAGCUUCGGACCACGUCCUUUCUGAUCGAAAGCGGGAGUUGGGACUCCAGCUAGUGGAUUGGGACCGGGAUGGUGACUUGGACCUCCUCAUCGGCCCAUGGGAGCUCCAAAGCUCGUCGUAUUGGGUAGCCUGGAGCUGUUUCCAAAGUUUUCGCUGUACCAAGGCACUUUUUGACUCCCCUUUUUUGUAG